CACAGGUAAUACAUGUCCGUGAGGGAGGAAAGCUUCAUGUUGUCUCCUGCUGGCCACCGUCCUACCUGGGGGAGCUGGUCAACUCAGGUCGGCCUGCGCUUAAUAACAUUUCCACCAUGGCGACAACUGCACUAAGAUCAGUGCUAAAGGCAAAGGUCCCACUUAAAGUUGGCUGCAUGUGCUACUCCUCCUCAGUGCCUACCACCAAGCUCUUCAUCGAUGGGAAGUUUGUUGAAUCCAAGACUUCAGAAUGGCUGGAUAUUCACAACCCCGCUACCAACGAGGUGAUCUCACGUGUGCCUAAAGCCACCCAGGAGGAGAUGUUGGCUGCCGUGGACUCGUGCUCUAGAGCCUUUCGCUCCUGGUCCGAGACCUCCAUCUUGGCUCGGCAGCAGGUCUUUCUUCGCUAUCAACAGCUUAUCAAGGACAACAUUAAAGAACUUGCCAAGGCUAUCACAGUGGAACAGGGCAAGACCCUUGCAGAUGCAGAGGGGGAUGUGUUCAGAGGAUUGCAGGUUGUGGAGCACGCCUGCAGCAUCACCUCCCUGAUGCUCGGCGAAACCCUCCCGUCCAUCACCAAGGACAUGGAUACCUACACCUACCGCCUGCCCCUCGGUGUGUGCGCUGGCAUCGCCCCCUUCAACUUCCCUGCCAUGAUCCCCCUGUGGAUGUUCCCCAUGGGCAUGGUGUGCGGCAACACCUACCUGCUGAAGCCUUCAGAGCGGGUGCCGACCUGCGCCAUGCUGCUGGUCAAAAUGAUGCAGGAUGCCGGUGCACCAGACGGGACCCUUAACGUCAUCCACGGCCAACACGCUGCUGUGAAUUUCAUCUGUGACCACCCGGCCAUCAAGGCCAUCAGCUUUGUAGGCUCAAAUCAAGCUGGGGAAUAUAUUUACGAGAGGGGCUCUAAAAACGGCAAGAGGGUCCAGUCGAACAUGGGAGCCAAGAACCAUGGUGUGGUGAUGCCUGAUGCCAACAAGGAGAACACUCUGAACCAGCUCGUGGGUGCAGCGUUCGGGGCUGCGGGACAGCGCUGCAUGGCUCUGUCCACAGCCAUCCUGGUGGGCGAGGCACGCAGCUGGCUGCCGGAGUUGGUGGAGCGAGCCAAGGCCCUGCGCGUGAACGCAGGAGACCAGCCUGGUGCGGACGUGGGGCCUCUGAUCUCUCCCCAGGCCAAGGAGAGAGUGUGCAGUCUGAUCCAGAGUGGUGUGGAUGAGGGAGCUAAGCUGCUCCUGGAUGGGCGAAACGUCAAUGUCAAGGGUUAUGAGCACGGCAACUUUGUGGGUCCCACCAUCAUCGGCAACGUCACUCCUGCGAUGAAGUGCUACUCUGAGGAGAUCUUCGGGCCUGUGUUGGUUGUUCUCGAGGCAGACACUCUGGACGAUGCCAUCAGUUUGGUCAACAGCAACCCCUAUGGCAACGGCACAGCUAUCUUCACCACAAAUGGCGCCACUGCACGCAAAUACACGCACGAGGUGGAUGUGGGCCAGGUUGGAGUCAAUGUGCCCAUCCCUGUUCCACUGCCUAUGUUCUCCUUCACUGGAUCAAGAGGAUCCUUCAGAGGGGACAUGAACUUCUACGGAAAACAAGGCAUCCAGUUCUACACACAAAUCAAAACUGUAACCUCACAAUGGAAAGCUGAAGAUGCCACCUUGAAAAGUCCUGCAGUUACCAUGCCUACUAUGGGACGCUAAAUACUCCCUCCAAGUGCUGCUGUCCAGUCAGAUAAACCAGAAGAACUCUUCUUAACCUUUCUUCCGCCUAAAAAACAGACUUACAUGAUCAAUGUGAAUAGCUCAUGAAUACAGGUUAUCAGUUAAUACCCCACCCUAUGAAGACUUUAUAUAUGUAUAGAUACUCUGUAAAUGUGAACCACUGUGGCCAUUUUAACUAUGCAAAAGAUCUGUGCAGCUGAGCUCAUGUUAUUGGGUCAUUGUCAUUUCCUCAAAUACACCAAUACUGAAACAC